AGAAAACGCGGUAAAACGUGCGUGAAAUCAUGUCAUAUAUUUAAGGACUUAAUUUUUAAUAAAAAGUUUAUAGAAAGUUAGUGCUCGAAUUAUUUCAAUUUUUUGCAGUAAAUUUUAAAGAGAUAAGCAUGUCAGGGAACUUCAUAAAGGGAAAUCAUGAAGAAAAGAAAAACCAAUCUACAAAUCAUAUAAAAACUGAAAUAAAUUGUUUGAGUAGUCGUCACGAGGAAUAUCAGUAUUUAAAUCACAUCCGCCAGAUUAUAACUCAGGGAGUUAAAAGGAGUGACAGGACAGGAGUUGGUACUUAUUCAAUUUUUGGAGCACAAAUGCGUUAUUCCCUGCAUGAUGGUAUUUUCCCUCUACUGACUACAAAACGUGUAUUUUGGAGAGGAGUUGUUGAAGAACUGUUGUGGUUUAUACGAGGUAGCACAAAUUCAUUUGAACUCAAUGAAAAAGGAGUGCACAUAUGGGAUGCAAAUAGUACCAGAGAGUUUUUAGACUCUAUUGGUCUUAAAGACAGAGAGGAAGGUGAUUUGGGUCCUAUUUAUGGAUUUCAGUGGCGGCACUAUGGUGCCAAAUAUGCAGGGAUGAGGGCUGAAUAUAGAAACAAAGGCAUAGACCAACUUGCCGAGGUUAUUAACACUAUUAAGACCAAACCAACUGAUCGAAGAAUGAUUAUGUGUGCUUGGAAUCCAAUUGACAUUCCUGAGAUGGCUCUGCCACCUUGCCAUUGUCUUUUGCAGUUUUUUGUAUCAGAUGGAGAGCUGUCAUGUCAAAUGUAUCAGCGUUCAGCAGAUAUGGGUUUGGGGGUCCCAUUCAACAUUGCGAGUUAUUCAUUGCUUAUCUAUAUGGUGGCCCAUGUAACAAAUCUUAAACCAGGCGAAUUUAUUCAUACCUUGGGUGACAGUCAUGUAUACUUAAAUCAUGUUGAAGCUUUAAAUGAGCAACUGUCAAGGGAACCGAGGCCUUUUCCACAUCUCAGAAUUAAACGCAAAGUGGAAAGCAUCGAUGAUUUUACUGUAGAAGAUUUUGAAUUAAUAGGUUACAAUCCUCACCCUAAACUCACCAUGCCCAUGGCUGUUUAA